UGAACAAUAAUCUCGGUAGUCGCUGUUUCGAUUUCCUUGGAUUUGAUGCUUGGAUUGCUCCAAGAGGGACUCGGUAAGAGCUUUUGGGAACCAGAAAGAUAUGCCUGUAUCUUGUGCUUUGGUUGUGUACAUUGUGCUCGACCGAGUCCUACGAGUGUUCUCAUGAAGUUAUGUUACAUUGAAAGCAUGCCUGGAUCUGCAUUGCGGAGAGUUGAAUUGGAUGAUGAGUUCUGAUCUAACGAAAGAACACAGUCUGAAACUUUGAUCAAUGUUGGGGAUGUUAGAAGUUGAAAAGUUUCGGUUUUGAAGGAGUUCAUAUAUGGGUGCACACGGCCUAUUCGAGGAAAUGCGCCAAAAGAUUACUGCUGGUUGUAUUCAGUUGAGUUUGUUCUCAAUUUCAUUCCUUUCCCGAGAAUGUUCUUCCAGUAUGUUAGUUUCCUGAUUUCAGCCUUUCUUUUGGGUCUAAAUCAUUCCGUUUAUUCCAAUCAUGAAAACUGGAUUCAAAGCUGUUUGUAGUAUACGGCUGCCGAUCUAAAUAGACGCAUGUUUUAAUACUAGAAAUUCUGUUUCAUGUGUAUAAAAAGAUGUCUUCUAUAGCUAAGCAACAGCUAAUGAGUAAUUCAGGUGGUGACAAAAGCAAGCCAUUGUUUAUCUCGACACGCCAUGGACGCGGCCUUUUAAAACUUCAUCUUAAUCAUAGGCGAAAUCGCCUGCCUGAGGACUACCAAGAGUUUGUGUUGUUGGAAACUACAGAAAAAUUCAACUCUUCUGCUCCAUCAUCUCAAUCUUUUCUCCUCCUUUAUCCUUUGUGAUCUCAAUGACUCCAUCAAAAGUACUCAAACGCAGCUCAUCCGAUCCUAACCUUGCAGCUUUUUUAAAUGACACAGCUCCUGUAAAUAUAUCUCUCCGUUCAGCUUGCUCUACCAGCUACAAGCCCUCUCUCUGGCUCGGUUGGGGAAGCAUAAGCAAGCUGAUCGCCCCUGCAAGAAGGAGUACUGCUAUUGAGUCGGGCCUAACAGAGGAGAGUCUUGAGGCACAUAAUAUAAGGCAAGCCAUUAUUCGUGCAGAUGUUAAUGGAAAUGGCGUGGAUGGUAAGAAUUCAAAGUGCAGUCCUUAUUACAAAGGACUUACUGAUUUCUCACUCAUCAUCAACCGUGAGAAGCUAUCAAGUCCUGAACGCGACAGCCAUGGUACCUCAGUUACUAAUUCCAGCUCUCUUUGGACCCUCGUGGGUAAGGUUCAGGAAUGGGGGACCUGCUUUUCAACCAAAAGUAAUACCAAAACAAAAAAUUCAUCUCAAACAUCAGGUAGUACCAAACCAUCUGCAAUCAAGGUGGUGAAUAAGGAGUUUAAGGUAGCUCCUAAAAAAACCGAAUGGAAGCCAUUGAGGGAGAGUGAGUCAGCACCACAAGUACUUCCACCACUAGCACAAAACACAUCACCAUCUGAUCGAGCUGAAAUAGUUGCCAUCGGUGAUGAGAAGAAGGACACAGAUAUUGAAAAAGUGGUGAGUACUGGAAGGGAGUUUGUAUGGGCAGAUAAGUACAGACCCAAAACAUUGAAAGACUUCAUCUGCAAUAGAGACAAAGCCUUUCAUCUGCAAGGCCUGGCGAGAGGGGCAGAUUGUGGUCAUUUCAUUUUUGAAGGACCUCCAGGAGUGGGGAAGAGAACAAUGAUCUGGGCUAUGCUUGUUGAAGCUUAUGGACUCGACAGGGUAAAGACAAGGGAGGAAUAUAAGGCAUUUGACUUGAAGGGGGAAGCAAUAGGUAGUAUUAGAGUACAUUUGAAGAAAUCUUCUAAGCAUGUAGAAGUCAAUCUCUCUGAUCUCAAAGGUUAUGAGAAGCAUGUGAUUGUUGAACUCAUCAAAGAGAGGCAUGGCAGGAUAUCCAACAAAACAUUGCAAUCCAAAUCUGAUAGCUGCCGAGCAAUCAUUCUCUAUGAAGCAGACAAGCUAUCUUCAGAUGCUUUACUAUAUAUGCGGUGGGUAUUAGAGAGGUAUAAAGGGUUUAAUAAGAUUUUCUUCUGCUGCUCUGAUGUCUCAAAGCUUCAGCCAAUUAAGAACCUUUGCACUGUUGUUCAGCUUUUUCCACCUUCAAAGGAAGAGAUUGUGGAAGUUUUGGAGUAUAUUGCUAAACAGGAAGGCAUAGAUUUGCCGCUUCAACUGGCUGAAAAAUUUGCGGAUAACUCUAAGAACAAUCUCCGUCAAGCCAUCAGAUCAUUCGAGGCAUCCUGGCAGAAAAGCUAUCCGUUUGUGGAACAUCAACAAAUUUUGACUGGGUGGGAAGAUGAUAUUGCUACCAUUGCCAAGGAUAUAGUGGCAGAGCAGAGCCCCAAACAGCUAUAUACGAUUCGGGGGAAGCUUCAAAAUCUUGUAGAGCAUGAUGUAUCUAACGAUUAUAUCUUCAAGUCGCUGGUGGAAGAACUGAACAAGCUUUUGGAUGAGCAGUUAAAGCUUGGACUCAAAAAUUUGUAUCAAGAAUACAGCAAAAACAAAGGUCACAUGUUUGAAGGUGGCAGAAACCACGUGAGAAAGAAUUUUCAUCAUUUUAUGAGAAUUGAAGAGUUUAUCGCAAAAUUCAUGAGCUUCUACAAGUGCUCGAUUGAAAGGAAGAGCAUGCCAUGUGACAAUGGAUCGUGAAGGAGACCUCCUCCUAUAAAAAACUUAUUCACUCUCAUCGCGGAAUGCAGAGAGAGUGUUGCCUAUCUACUAUGUUAUUCUCUUCUCGAGCUCGAGAUUUGGAGGACUUGAAUAAUUUACUUGUGAUAAAAGUACCUAGAAUAAGCUAUGAAGCAAAAGAUAAUUUGCUUCUUACAUCUAUCCCUGUUUGCAUAAGAGUGACCGAACUUUGAAGGUCUGGAUUUGUCUUUUUAAGUUCUUUUCUGUUGUGAAAAGAACAGUAAAAAGCACUGUGUGUUUGGCUGAAUAGAAUGGAAAAUAUUGACUGCAA